AACUGUCAGACGCAGGAAAGGGGGUAGCUAGGUAACCCGUCUUGCCAAGGGUUACGAUGAAAAUGGCAUCAAACCGUACUAACGCUUGACCUUUAAAUCCGGACGCAGAAACUCGAUCAACUGAAUACUCCUGUCAGGUAGCGGCCAUUUCAGGUCAUUUCAGGUAUCUUUCAAAUGUAGCCUACUAUAGCAAUAAACGGCCUGUCUAGCGAAACGAAUAAGGUUACAUGAAAGACAGCAUGUUGGCUGGUAGUGGCAGGCAAUUUGUCGUGUGCUCAACUGUGUUGGAAACGAAAUAAUGAUGUCUGAUACAACAUAUUCAAGAGGGAUGGAAAGAGACAGAGGAAGGAUUACAUCAGAUUCUAUGGCGAGAGGCGCAUAUCCUCAACAGUAUGUUCACCCUGGCAGUCAGCAGCAGGGCAUAGACAUCCAGGAGCUUGCCUCUAAACGUGUCGACAUCCAGAAGAAACGGUUUUAUUUGGAUGUAAAACAAAGUGCACGGGGCCGAUUCCUAAAAAUUGCAGAGGUUUGGAUUGGAAGAGAACGUCAUGAUAACAUCAGAAAAAGCAAAUUAACGCUGUCCAUGUCAAUGGCACCCGAUCUACGUUAUUGCCUGGGGAACUUCAUUGAUUAUUACGCUCAUAUUGGGUUGAGAGGUGGCCUGGUACCACGGCCAGAAGAGCAGAGCAAUGGCCAGGGCCGCCCGCACGAUUCCCGCAGAAGACCGCAAGAUCACCACGCAGCAUCAGUGUCUCCCACUGGCUCUGCGGUGUCGGAGGAACAUACUCAUCGCGUCCUGAAGAGUGAAUUCAUUGAGAGAGACAAUAGAAAGUACUAUCUGGACCUGAAAGAGAACCAGCGAGGCAGGUUCCUCCGCAUCAGACAGACUGUCAGCAGAGGGCAUGGGGCCAUCGGUUACUACGGCCAGGGCAUCGAUCAAACCAUAGUGUUGCCGGCUCAAGGGCUAAUCGAAUUCAGAGAUGCACUGUCGCAGCUGAUUGAAGACUACGGCGAUGAUGAUGCCACGGAUGAGCUUGGAAGAGGCAAUGGGAACCAUGAAGAAUCCACCGAGUUUCCCGAGGCAGCAUCAUUCCGAGUGGACAAUAAGAGGUUUUAUUUCGACGUUGGUUCCAAUCGGUAUGGUGUCUUUUUAAAGAUUAGCGAGGUAAAACAGCCAUACAGGAACACCAUAACGGUUCCCAUGAAAGCCUGGGCCAAAUUUGGAGAUCAUUUCAUUAGGUAUGAGGAAGAAAUGCAGCGAAUGUGCACCUGUCACAAGGAGAAGGGGACAGAGACUCGCGAGGACAUUGGAGAACAAGAGGAUUGACAACGGCAUUAUAUGGCUGUAAGAGGUUUCUAGUGAUGGUGGGUUAAAACAGGGAUGGAAAAAGCUAAACAUGACAAUAUCCUAGAACAUAUGAAAAAGUAUUAUUUAAUGUACUUCUAUUAGGCCUAUGUCUCUGGUCAACUAGCACUUUUGCUUUGUUCAUGGUCAUUCCGGCUUAAAUCAUACAUUUCGAUUAUGGCAUCCGUUUUGAAAUUGGUGCAGCAGGACGUGUUGCCUAUUGAAAAAUGAAAAAAAUGAUAUUCAAAAGGCAAAAUGAUGAUAUAGGUAAUUUAUGUGAAUCAAAUCUCUUUUUUUCAUUGUGGUUGACUGAGUGUGCGAAUGAAAGUACGUGUGGGCAUGUGAUUGUCUGAUUGAGAAAAAAAGGUGAGACAUGAAAGUGUACACGUCCUGUCCCCCACAAACAUUGGUAGGGGGUUAAUGUUAGAUAUACUGCUGAAUGCUAGACAUGAUAUUGUUGUUUAAACAGUAACAAUAAUUUGUGUAGGUAGCGCUUCAUGAUUUCGUUUUAUAGAAUAAGGGACAGUUUGGUUGAGGGUUCGCCGACCAUCACGGACGAGCUCAAACUCCCUGCAUAUGUCAUUACUCUAUAAUCAGAGCCGGCUGCAGACAAUUAUCAACUAGGGGAAAUCCUAUUUUCAACAUUUUGAUGCUAUAUUUAUAAUUAUAUAAAAUAUAUGCAACGAUUUUUCAUUAACAGGUUUAUGUACCAAAGCACUACACACAACCAAUAAGCAAUUCAGAACUACAUACCGAAUACCGACUUCGAGCACAUCAUCAUGGUUUGCGUUUUCAACACCCCAUUCAAAUAGAGUAUGUCAAUCCGGACAAACAGGGAAUACAUCUUUCCCUACUCAGUAUCGAUGGCUUGGCUUGACAAUCUCUGAAUGUCAUUUCACUUUUUUAUAUUUUGUAACAGAUGUCUUUUUCCAUUCAUCGAAUGGCUGGUGUGCAGUUUGGAUGAUGGAAUUAUAUCAGAGUGGAGUGGAUGAAUGUGCGCAGGUAACCUACUGUUGAAGUAGCCUAAUCAGAUUAAAACAUUGUGACUGAUUGAGUUUAUGCCAUACAUAAAAUACAUGUUUAAAGUUAAAUUACAAAUAUUUAGGCUAUAUUGAAGCGUUAGGUUCAAGGUCGAGAAAUAGCUGCUCGGAUGGAAAAGGAGAUACAACGCACAUGAAGGUUUCCUGAAUAACUGGGCCUGCUAGAAGCAUAGGCCUAUGUGGCUGCACUAUUUUAAACGACUCAGGAGAAUGAUGAUCAGCAACAGAAAUUUAAAUACAGCCUGACUGUCCUGCACGAUGCCUUUCUAGACUUUAUAAUCUGCUGAGAGUAGACCCACAAUUUAUCCAAAUGGAAUGAAACGUUGAAUUAACUGCUUUUAUUCAAAUUACAUUAUUACUUGUACUUACUUGAAAAUCAUAAUUCAAAUAUGAAUUGCAUUGCGGUGUUGUAGGCUAGUCUAGGUAGGAUCAUUUUAUUGUCCCUAAGGCCAUACAUGUAAUUAACUGUAUAACAGAGCCAGCAAUAAAAAAUUACAUAAUUGAAAGAUAAAAUAAAAGGUGUACCCCGUGUAAUAAUACUAAACAACAUUUGUAGGCUACAACACCUAGCGACCUCACCACGAUAUUUGAGCCUUUUGGGAUUGUAGUGAAUAGUGGGGCAGGGAAUAAAACUCAGAUACCUGGCGUGACAGACAAACACCAUAUGCAUCGUGUCAAUAGGGUUAACCCACUUGCUUGGAAUUGUAACAUGGCACAUAUGGCAAGGUUUGUUACACUGUCCCCUCCUUACUCGAAGGCACAUCCCUGUGCUUUGACUACUCAGCCCCCCAGCAUGUCUGAGCCAUUGCAUAGCCGCCAUCCCACUUUUGACACCAGUGUAGCAAACGGCAGGACAAAUAUGUAAAACCGGUGCUGUGUUCGAAUACCCAUACUAACAUACUGUAUACGACAUACUUAAUGAUUAUAUACUAUUAGUUCAUUUUAGUAUACUGUAAGGGACCAGGGCUUGAGUCCCAGUCAGGGUACCCCCUAAUCCACUAUAUUGGUAUCAGCCAGGUGUUGCAGCCUUUCAGUUGAAUGUACUAGGGCUUUGCCAGUCUACUGGAAGUUGAUGCUGUUGCUAUGCAACCUCUUGCUCGCUUGUUAGCAUAACAUAUGACUAGCUAGACAUUUUACGAUUUCGGGUGUGUUCGUAAAUUCAAUAUGGAGUGCCAGAGAGCGAUCAGAGUUAGCUCUGGGCGUUCGUAAAUUCAGAGCUUUGUCAUGUUCAUUUGUAAAUUCAGUGUUUUCAAUCUCGGAGGCCACACUGGAAGCUCUGAGGAGUAGGGUUGAUCUGAGCGUUCUGCCCUCACAACGGUAGUCAAUCACCCAAGCUAACUGGCUAACGUUGGCUAGCUUACUAGCUACUUCCAGACACAAAUGAGAGAACACCUCACUCUGACCAUUUUACUCACCCUAGCAGAGCUGCUUAGGCUGUUUUCAUGUUAUCCAGAGCGUUGGUGACUGUAACUGUGCUGCUGGCAACAGUUUAAUUUAGCUUUUUUUUUGCAACGUUUACCGACACCGUUCAUAUUCAACGGGUGUAUCCGCUCUCGUUGGAAUUUGGCUGUAUAUUUUCCACCAUUUAAAAAACUGGAAGAACGAUCCAUCUACCACUAUUGUCACUAUGGGGAGAGGGCAGGAUAGAGUUAACUGUAUAGUAAGCGCUAAGAAAAGCGUAGUGCGUAAGAGAAGUACCUAAACACCUUGAUAGGCGAGGCGCAUGCAAGAAGAUGAGGAAAUGUGGCUAUAUGGAAUAAAUUAUAUAGUAAAACGUGCAAAAUGGGGAAUGUAAACCAGGUUUAAAAAAAAUGACUACCCUCCCCCGCGCCCCACCAAAAAUCAGCAGGGAUACUGCAAUUACUUAGUUAUAACGUAAGUCUUGCAUCUCAUACAUACACACAAACAACCUUGACGGAAAUAUAGACUAUUAUUCACACGAUCUACCUUUAUCGCACCACUGAGCACAGUAGAUAUUCAUUCCAGGUUUUAGGAGGCAUCCCAAAUAGCCUACAGUGCCUUGCGAAAGUAUUCGGCCCCCUUGAACUUUGCGACCUUUUGCCACAUUUCAGGCU